GUUCCAACCAGACAACAUGAUCACCCACAUCGUGCAAUUGCAAUUCAAGUCUUCGACGAGCCCCGACCGGGUUGAAGAAGUAUGCAACAAUCUGGUCGCGCUGAAGGACAAGUGUCUUCAUCCGACCACCCAGACGGCAUACAUCAAGUCCUUCCGAGCCGGGAAACAGAAUUCGCCCGAAGGGCUGCACAACGGCAUCACUCAUGUGUUCGUCAUGGAGUUCGAGUCCGAGGAAGACCGCGAGUACUACCUGAACAAGGACCCCGAUCAUCUAGCCUUCGUCAAGGGGGGUCUGGGCGCCGACAUUGAGAAGGCGCAGGUAGUCGAUUUUACGAACGGCGUCUUUUAGAUUUCCCGGGCGCCCCCUACCGUCUCCCACCUCAAAUGGCAUGGUAGUAAGCCGGGAGAUGGCCCGCGCGGCCCGCGCGGCCGGGGGGAUGGGGGGAAUGUUGACUGCACGGACUGCAAGACCCGACCUGGACCUGGUCGUGUAAAUAGAUAAUUCUUCGAGCAUGUGCUGAUAAGCGAAUUGAUGUUUCGUGGACAUCUAAUCAUUGACUUGAUUUCAUUCGCUAUAUUCUGAUUCGGCGCUUGAAACCCCGCUGCAGGUGACUCGGCCGGAGUGAGUCCUUACCGUGUACCGACCAAAUCAAUUGGAUACAUAAAAACCGGCGACACCAAUCGUCAAGUGCGAAACGAAAUUGCUACGGGUUG